AGUAGUUUCGAUUUAGGAUGUAAACUGGAAUCGAAUUUUAAAUGAAAGCCUAAAUUAAAAUGUAAUUUUAGUUUUACGUGCAAAUAAAAUGUAAUUUAAUUCCUUAACGUAAACGUACACUUAAUUUGAAACCCGUGCCGGAAGCGCUGCUGUAAAUGGCGGUAACUUGUCUGUGAUGAAGUGUUGAGGAGGCGUUCGUCCAAACAGGAAGAAACUGGGAAAACACACCGUAAAUCAGCCUCCAGACUCGGGGCGCAGCGGACAAAGAGCCGGUCGGAUGCUCCGAACUACUUUUCCUCCGUGUCGGAGGCCCGCGGACGCUCUCCGGUGAACUCUGCGGCUCCGGUCCGCAGUCAGCGGCGCUGUUUGGGGGUUGACGCACCAGCAGGAGCGGAGGAAGGCGGGGGGGCUGUGACAGCAGCAGGCUAAGCUAGGCUAGGCUAGGCUAGCUGGCUAACAGCGGAAAACAGUGAACUUGUGUAAACUUGGUGAAAUCAGCCGCCGUUGGUUCAAAGUGCCGCUCAGUACCGGAACCAGGACUAAAGUAACAACCUGUUAGCCUGGCAGCGCUAGCGGCUAGUUAGCAGCUAGUUAGCUCCCACCGACACUUUAAGCCGCAGGAUGGACUUAAGUCCUGCUCGGUGCUAACACCAAGCUAAUUAUCGUCGUAAUUAGCGCCGAGUUCGGAGCCCGUGGCGGCGGCGGAUGGACUUUUAGCGGCGUCUUGGUGCUUUUUGUGCCGCGUCAACUUUUAACUUCCCGCCGUCGCCGUUAGCAUGGAGGCAGCGGAGCCUGGCAGCGGCUCGGAGCGGUUACAUAACGCCAGCAGGUCGGGAGACAAGCUGCCGAACGUCGCCUCCUCCUCCUCCUCAGCCUCCUCAGCGCGGCUCUGACAGCUGCAACCGGCCCCGACCACACGCACACACGCACGGACUCACAACCACAGCGACGAGCGGAGCGGUGCGGCGGCAUGGAGGAGCUGUGAGCCCGCGGACCGACGCACGACGACGAGCAGCCGGAAGAUGGAGUCCAACCCGCUGAUCAACGCCAUGGACCCGUCCAUCACGCUGUGGCAGUUCCUGCUCCACCUGCUGGAGGACCAGCGGCAGCGUCACCUGAUCUCCUGGACAGGUGAGGACGGAGAGUUCAAGCUGCUGGAUGCUGAGGAGGUGGCUCGGCUGUGGGGGCUCCGCAAGAACAAGCACAACAUGAACUACGACAAGCUGAGCCGGGCGCUCAGAUACUACUACGACAAGAACAUCAUAAAGAAGGUGAGCGGCCAGAAGUUCGUCUACAAGUUUGUGAGUCAGCCCGACCCGUCCUUACCUGACGGCGUCCGCAGUGCAGAGGAGGGUCAGAGGAGGGACAUCACCGACCCCAACAGCCAAUCAAAAGGUCUCGGGGGCGUGGCCUCAACCUGUCCGUCAAAGGGCUUACCGCAGCAGCGCUCGUCGCCCAGCAGCUCCCAGAAGAGCUCCAGAAACGACUACAUGAAGUCAGGCCUCUACUCCACCUUCACCAUCCAAUCACUGCAGGCCUCACCCAACCCGCGGCCAAUCAAAUCGGAGCUCCUGAUGCAGCAAGACUCCGCCCCCAAAGUGGACCGCACGCCCAGAGAGGUGUGCGUGCUCUCAGAGUCCAAGUCCUCUCCGUCGGUGGGCGGAGCCGUCGACUCGGCCCUCCAGGUGAUCGUCACCCAGACGUCUCCCUGUCCGACUCCGGCUCUCAGCCCGCAGAUACCUGCCAACGCCGCCAGCCAAUCACAGAAUCCUCCAGCUGCUCCUCUCACCGACCCUCCCCAGAUUUAUCUCACCAACGUGGGGGACCCAUCCUCCCUCACGCCCCUGAUACCCCUCGGCCCGGUCGGAGGGACGGUGAGCCCCGUCCCUCCUCCCCACGUCUCCAUGGGCCCCCAGGGGCCUCAGCAGGACGACUGCAGCCCCGCCAGCUUCCCUCCUCACCCCCACGCCGCUCCUCACCCGACUCACCCACACCCGGUGUUCGUCAUCAUCAACCCUCCUCCUCAGCAGCAGCAGCAGCAGCAGCAGCAGCCGCAGCCGAACAUGGCGGCGGCUCCUCCUCCUCCCGUGGCUCCUCCCACCACCACUCCUCCCACCGCCCGGCCUCCCCCUCCCCCCAUCGUCAUCAAGGAGGAGAGCCUGCUGUCGGAGGAGGAGCUGCUGAAGAUGGUGUCGCAGGAGGGGAAGCAGGUGGAGGAGGUUCCUCAACUGAUCUGUGGACCCGGAGAGCCAGAACCUCCCCUCACCAUCGUGGAGAGCCUGCCUGCUCCCUGCAUGGAGCCCAGGGAGGACGUCCAGCAGCAGCAGGCCGAGGAGGGAGGAGCCCAGGGGGAGGUCAAGGACACGCUAACGGAUCCCGUCGUCUCUCCGGUCACGUCCUCCUCGGCGGCGACGCCUCCGGUGACCUCCACUUCAGACGCCGUUCCUCCCAAACCAAAGAAGCCGCGAGGCCUGGAGCUGCCGUCCUCGCCGUCGCUGCCGCCCGGCCUCUCGCUGGAUAAGGUGAACGCGGCCGUGAACAGUUUGCUGGCUCCUGGAUCGGCGACCAACACGCUCACGCCGACCGUCAUCACCUCCCACGCUCUGACUCCGGUCCUGUUGACUCCCAGUCCUCUUCCCUCCACCAUCCACUUCUGGAGCACGCUCAGUCCCAUCGCUCCUCGGUCGCCGGCCAAACUCUCCUUCCAGUUCCCGUCCAACGGCAGUAACCAGAUCCACAUCCCGGCCCUCAGCGUUGACGGACUCUCCACCCCCGUGGUCCUCUCCCCCGGACCCCAGAAGCCCUGAGCUCUGUGCCCGCCCCACGCAGCUCCUCGCUGGGCUCGGCUUUGGCCCCUGGCCCCGCUCGCCUGCUCCCCCUGGAGGAGAACUGGACUCCUGCUGGUCCCGCUGGUCAGACCGGGAGCCCUGGUGGUUUACGGGGACCUUUUACUGGUGUUGUCUGGGCUUCGUCCUUCCUCCUCUCGUGUUCGGUUUUUGUGAACGAGGACAGACGACGUGUUUUGUUUUUCUACUGAGCGCUGCGGCUAACGGCGCCGCUUGGAACGCGGUUUCUAACUGAAGUCGGUCUGUGAACUGUGACGACUGUUUCUCCACUUCGACUCGGAGCACAGCUGGGAUCAGAUUCCAGUUUUUGUUGGAGGAACGGUGAUUUUGUUUAGUUUUUUUUGCAGCUCUACUCGUUUAAUUCCUUUUUAAAUGAACUGAAGACGAGCCUCGUUAGCACUAACGAGGGCGUCCGGACCGCUGAGACGCACA